GCUGUCUGCGCGCGCGCGUGUGCCAGUGUGACAGCGCCGUGGCCGUGGCCGUGGGGCGCGCGGGGGCCGCCCGGGGUGCCCGCUCCGCUCAGCGUCGCGGCCGCGUGGCCCGGCGGAGCCCCGAGACCACCCCCGGGCGGGGCGCCGCCGCGAUGUCGGUGGCGGGGCUCAAGAAGCAGUUCCACAAAGCCAGCCAGAUGAACACGGACGGAGUUGAGCCUGCUGAGGAAGCAGAGACUGAGCUCUUUAGUGAAAAAAUAAGUGGUGCCGAAGGAACGAAGCUAGAUGAAGAAUUUCUGGACAUGGAAAAGAAAAUAGAUAUCACCAGUAAAGCUGUUGCAGAAAUUCUUUCAAAAGCCACAGAGUACCUCCAGCCCAAUCCAGCAUACAGAGCUAAGCUAGGAAUGCUGAACACUAUGUCGAAACUCCGAGGGCAGGUGAAGGCCACCGGCUACCCGCAGACAGAAGGCUUGCUGGGGGACUGCAUGCUGAAGUACGGCAAGGAGCUUGGAGAAGACUCUGCUUUUGGCAACGCACUGGUAGACGUUGGUGAGGCUAUGAAGCUCAUGGCUGAGGUGAAAGACUCCCUGGAUAUUAAUGUGAAGCAAACUUUUAUUGACCCACUGCAGCUACUGCAAGACAAAGAUUUAAAAGAGAUUGGGCACCAUUUGAGAAAGCUGGAAGGCCGCCGCCUGGAUUAUGAUUAUAAAAAGAGGCGAGUAGGUAAGAUUCCCGACGAGGAGAUCAAACAAGCAGUAGAAAAGUUUGAAGACUCAAAGGAGUUGGCCGAAAGAAGCAUGUUUAAUUUUUUAGAAAAUGAUGUAGAGCAAGUCAGCCAGCUGGCCGUGUUUGUAGAGGCGACAUUAGACUAUCACAGGCAGUCCACAGAGAUCCUCCAGGAUCUGCAGAACAAGCUAGAGCUACGAAUAGCUUAUGCGUCCAAAGUCCCCAAGCGAGAAUAUCUGUCAAAGCCUGUGAACACGAGUUCCGGCGACAUCAAUGGGGUCACCACCAGUUCCUCAUCAAAGAUAACAGGUACUCCCAUUCCCGCGGACCAGCCCUGCUGUCGUGGUCUCUAUGACUUUGAGCCAGAAAACCAAGGAGAAUUAGGAUUUAAAGAAGGGGACAUCAUUACAUUAACCAGUCAGAUAGAUGAAAACUGGUAUGAAGGAAUGCUACAUGGGGAAUCUGGCUUCUUCCCCAUUAAUUAUGUGGAAGUCAUUGUGCCUUUACCUCGGUAAAUGUGUCUUUUGGACCUAAUUUCUUAACUGAAUGAAUUCGCACCAGUGUUCUCUCAGUGUGGUGUUCUGUGACAUCCUCGCUCUCUGGCCCACCUAAUCACUUUUGUAUGUGUGUUUUCUUUAUAAUGUAUUUUGUAUCAAUUUAAUUUGUAUAACUGAUUUCUUUGUUCUAACUCAUAAAGAUAGUUUUCUUCUUGUUCUAAGUAGUCAUUGGUUCAAUGUAUUUGCUUCCUGUUGCUAAAAAAUGUAAAUUGCACCCAUUGCAGCUCUCUGAACAAAUGGCCUGUGUAGUCCUUCGCUGGGGUGGAAGGUCCCCUUUGUAGCUAAGAAAGCUAAAGAUUUUUUUUCUUGACGUUAUUGAUGGCAUCCAGUUUUUUCCUGUUUUAAGCUUACCUGUCUUACCUGUGAACAGCCCAAUAAACAUGAUGCACUGUGUUCAUAAAAGACUAUGGUUAUUCUUAAUAAAAAUUGCCUUUUUAAGCAUCAUUUCAGCACAAAUCCCUGGCUGACCUGGGGUCCCAGGCUGGGGGUCCUUAGAUGUUGGCUGCCGAUCAACGUCAGCAGGUGGGGGAUAUGGUCCUUUCUUAGCCACUGAAUUAAACAUGGUGCAGCCCCUUCUUAGCCCAAGACUACAAAACCUUUCUGCCUACUGUUAGGUUUGUAAAACAUCUCAAGCAUUGUCUGCUCACAUGUAGGCAGAUAGGUUUUCAGACAGUCCUGUUGUGAUCGCCGCAGGAUUGCAUGGGCAGAGCAUCCAAGAACUCAGGUUUACAGAACCAGCCCUGGACUUGCCCCAAGCAUGACCUUGUCAUGUGCCGUGUCUCAGCAGAGUCCACAGCAACCCCGCCACACACAGAAGAGGCAGUUCCUGCUCCCCUUUGCAGAGAAGGGUGUCAUGAAUGGCAGGAGGGGAGAUCACGUAGUGGCAGAAGCAGAGUUCUGAUAGUGUGAUGGAUGCUGGCACACAAGUGUUUGUCAGUCACUGGGACCUGCACUAUUGAUCACUGGUGUUUGUCACAGAAGCCCAGGGGCCAGAUGGGUCACCUGAAAAAGGUAACCUAAGUUGGCUUUCCUUAGUCUUCUGAGCUGGCUUUCCUAACAGGUUUGUGUGUGGCAUGCAGCCACACACACACACACACACACACACACACACACACACACACACACACACCUCUUGUACAUUAGGUGUUUAUGGGAAAUGGUAAUUCUUAACAUUUACUCAAUGUUUGUUAUAUGCCAGUUGCUGCUGUAAGCAUCUUCCAUGAAACCCUCACGCACUAUCCUUUGAGAUCAAUCUGAUGCCCAUCCUUCAAACACUAGGAUUGUGCCACAGAAAGGCCACGAGCCACGUCACUUUUCCAGUCACACAGUUAAAUGUCAAAGCUGGAAUUUUAAUUCACAGUCUUCUCCCAUGCCCUUCCUUGGCCUUCAUUUUUCUAGAAUAACUCUCAUUACAUCUUUUCUUUUUGUAAAUUCACAAACUAGCCUGUUUUUAUACCCGGUUUUUAUUCUUCAUUUGCUGUAUUAAAAUUUUUCCAAUAAGAAGUCCAGGGCCAUUCUUGAUGCUUGUAAUUUACUUUGAUAACUCAUUUAGGGGAAAUAAGCAGUAAUUGAAGUUAAUUGAGAGCUACAGAUUAACUUAUGAUAAUAACUGAAACAUCCAGCAAUUUGCAUCAGAUCACUUUAAAGCAAUUAGAAACAGGACUUGGCUAACUGCCAGGCAGCUGCUGAGGAUGGGGGCUAGCAACCAUGUCCUGGUCAAUGGCUGUGCUUGUAUCACGCUGGGUCUUCCAUGGGCCUGUGGCCUCAGCUGUUCGGCAGAGCCCCGUUUCCACAUCAUGUUUGUGGAAAA